AUGACUCUUAUAUACAGCGCUUUUUGGGGAGACUCUGUUACGGCAGCCGAACAGCUAGUUUCGAAAGAGAAAUCCAAUUUAAAUUAUUUGGUAGCUGAUUAUCUUGCUGAGGUUACGAUGGGCCUUCUAGCUCGUCGCAAAGCAAGCCUCUCUCGCAAUUUAAAAGGCGCGAGCAAAGGCGGCUACAUAUCUGAAUUUAUCACGUUAGUUAUAGCACGUCUGCUGCCUGACAUUCACAAACAUAAUAUCAAAGUGAUAACCAAUGCUGGAGGAUUAGAUCCGGUGUCAUGCAAAUUAGCGAUCGAAACUUUGGCAGCGGAUCUCAAGAUUCCGAUAACUGUAGCUGCAAUAACAGGAGACGAUAUUCUUCCGAGAUUCAAUGACCUGUGCAAAUCGCAGUCACUAAAACCGUUCUCACCCGUUCCGGGGAGUAGUCCUGAUACGUUACCCAAGGGUGAUAAAGAGGUUUUGAGUUUGAACGCUUACCUCGGGGCUAUUCCCAUAGCCAGAGCACUCGAUUCUGGCGCACAGAUUGUCGUGACAGGGCGAGUAGUAGAUUCUGCACUCGUGGUUGGGCCGUUGAUUCACGAGUUCAAGUGGAUGGCAACUGAUUACGAUAAACUUGCAUCUGCGUCUCUUGCUGGACAUAUAAUCGAAUGUGGUGCACAGGCUACUGGUGGGAAUUAUACAGACUGGGAGGAGUCGGCGUUCUCCCUCAAUGGAGGUUAUGCUAACAUUGGGUAUCCAAUAGUCGAGUGUCAUCCAUCUGGAGAGUUUUUUGUGACAAAGCCAAGUGAAACUGGAGGAGUUGUUAACGUCAAGAGUGUUACCGAGCAAAUGUUGUAUGAAGUGUUAGAUCCAGCAAUUUACAUUCUUCCAGAUGUUAUUCUGGAUUUGACUCGGGUGAAGAUUGAGCAAGUUGAUGAGGCACGAGUAAGAGUUAGUGGAGCUAGAGGCAAAAUACCCACGGAAUUGUUGAAAGUGUCUGGUAUUUACGUUGAUGGAUAUAAGAUGACAGGAGAGAUUGUUGUUUGUGGUAUUGAUGCAUGGAAGAAGUCCGUUGUAAUAGCGAAUGCCAUUUUAUCGCGCACACGUCUUUUGUUCGCAAAAUUUGGAAUGAAAGACUUUCGUGCCACGAACAUUGAACCACUUGGGGCUGAACACACUUAUGGUCCACAUGCCAGAACCAAACACACAAGGGAAGUGGUACUACGAAUCACGGUCCAUCAUGACGACCCUCAGGCUUUGAAGAUAUUUGCUAUGGAACUUGCACCGGCUGCAACUUCAAUGGCCCCAGGAGUAACUGGUGGCGGAUCUGGCCGUCCCCACCCAUCUCCUAAUCUUGUUCAUUUUUCUUCUUUGAUCUCAAAGAGCCUGGUUACGCCCGCUUUUACGAUUACAAACGUUUCCGAAGAUAUUCCUUUCACUGGACCUAUGUCAAACCGGACAUAUGGCGACGUCGAAAAGAGCGAUGGUGACAAACAAGCUCACACAGAAGGAGAAUAUACUUUGAAAAUGCCGUUGAUUAAGAUUGCGCAUGGUCGAAGUGGAGACAAGGGCGAUACUUGUAAUAUAGGUAAGGAAGAAACGUUUUUGGUGUGUGGUUGUGAAUUCAAAUAUGAGGAUAAUGUGGGAUCUGCAUUCAUUGAAAAAUCAGGCAUCAUUGCACGACAUCCAAAAUAUUAUGGAUUUCUGAAGAGAAUGUUGACCGAGGAGGCCGUACGAACAUAUAUGUCACAUGUAUGCAAUGGUAUCGUUAAGCGAUAUGUUGUGCCAGGAUGUUACGCACUGAAUUUUGUGUUCACAAAAAGUCUGGGUGGUGGUGGAUUGAGCUCUUUACGUGUGGAUAGACAGGGAAAGACAUUUGCUCAGAUGUUGUUGAGUUAUGAGGUUGAAGUACCAAAUGGUUUGAUUUCUAGACUAUAG